CAGUGAAGCUCUCUGUUGGAAAAACGACACUUUAAAGGUUUUGGUGCAUCCGAGGUGUGUCAUCUUGUUUUUGCACCACCCCUCCUGUCUUACACUCCGAGCCUGGAUUUUUGUCAGGCUGUUGGGCAGGGAGACGAUUCUAGUGCGGCAGCUCGGAGCUUCCUUCUGUCACGGUACCAGUGACUGCUUGUCUUGAAGAUGGUACAGUGGGAGACUGUUUCUGAAGAGCCCCAGAAGUGAUGUGGAAAUGAAGUAGAGAUUGCUGGAAAUCCGAACAUCCACGCCUUGGGGAUGGGUUGCACUACUAGUGUGAUUCUGUUCAAAGGCAUCCACACCGUGUUUGAAAGGAACUGUGCUUAUAUGUGCAAACAGCAAGGAGAGAAUAAUGUCCUUGAAUAUACAGCAUACAAUUGGACAAAAGAAGAUUCAGAACUAUUGAUCUCCUCCUCUCUGGCAAAGCCAAAGCUAAUUGAGCCACUUGACUAUGAAAAUGUCAUUGUUCAGAAGAAGACGCAGAUCUUGAACGAUUGUUUAAGGGAGAUGCUGCUUUUCCCUUAUGAUGACUUUCAGACUGCGAUCCUCAGAAGGCAGGGCCGGUACAUGUGCUCCACAGUUCCUGCAAAUGCGGAGCAGGAAGCGCAGAGCUUAUUUGUCACUGAGUGCAUCAAAACCUAUAACUCUGACUGGCACCUUGUGAAUUAUAAAUAUGAAGAUUACUCAGGAGAGUUUCGGCAGCUGCCAAACAAAGUGGCAAAGUUGGAUAAACUUCCAGUUCAUGUCUAUGAAGUUGAUGAGGAGGUUGACAAAGAUGAGGAUGCUGCCUCCCUCGGUUCUCAGAAAGGUGGGAUCACCAAGCACGGGUGGCUAUACAAAGGCAACAUGAACAGCGCCAUAAGUGUGACCAUGAGGUCAUUUAAGAGACGGUUUUUCCACCUAAUUCAGCUUGGUGAUGGAUCCUAUAAUUUGAAUUUUUAUAAAGAUGAAAAGAUCUCCAAGGAACCAAAAGGAUCAAUAUUUCUGGAUUCCUGCAUGGGUGUGGUUCAGAACAACAAAGUCAGGCGUUUUGCUUUUGAGCUUAAGAUGCAAGACAAAAGCAGUUACCUUUUGGCGGCAGACAGUGAAAUGGAAAUGGAAGAAUGGAUCGCCACUUUAAACAAGAUUCUCCAGCUCAACUUUGAAGCUGCAAUGCAAGAAAAACGAAAUGGAGACUCUCAUGAAGACGAUGAACAGAGCAAACUGGAAGGUUCUGGUUCCGGUUUAGAUAGCUACCUGCCUGAAUUUGCCAAGAGUACCAGAGAAGCAGAAAUCAAACUGAAAAGUGAAAGCAGAGUUAAACUUUUUCACUUGGACCCUGAUGCCCAGAAGCUUGACUAUCCAUCCGCUGAGCCAGAAGUGAAGCCAUUUGAAGAGAAGUUUGGAAAACGAAUUCUGGUCAGAUGCAAUGAUUUGUCUUUCAAUUUGCAAUGCUGUGUUGCUGAAAAUGAAGAAGGACCCACUACAAAUGUGGAGCCUUUCUUUGUUACCCUAUCCCUGUUUGACAUCAAAUACAACCGAAAGAUUUCUGCUGAUUUCCACGUGGACCUGAACCAUUCCUCAGUGAGGCAGAUGCUGGCCACCACGCCCCCAGCCCUGAUGAACGGAGGCAGGCAGACCUCACCUGUGCUUCAGGACGUCCUACAGGAAGCCGCUAUGCAGUACCCCAAGCAGGGGAUAUUUUCAGUCACGUGUCCUCAUCCAGAUAUAUUUCUCGUGGCCAGGAUUGAGAAGGUCCUCCAGGGAAGCAUCACCCAUUGUGCUGAGCCGUAUAUGAAAAGCUCAGACUCCUCUAAGGUUGCCCAGAAGGUGCUGAAGAACGCCAAGCAGGCGUGCCAAAGACUAGGACAGUACCGAAUGCCGUUUGCUUGGGCAGCAAGGACAUUGUUUAAGGAUGCAUCUGGAAACCUUGACAAGAACGCCAGAUUUUCUGCUCUCUACAAGCAGGACAGCAAUAAGCUAUCAAAUGACGACAUGCUGAAGUUACUUGCAGACUUUCGGAAACCCGAGAAGAUGGCUAAACUCCCAGUGAUCUUAGGCAACCUAGACAUUACAAUUGAUAAUGUUUCCUCUGACUUCCCUAAUUAUGUUAAUUCAUCAUACCUUCCCAUGAAGCAGUUUGAAACCUGUACUAAAACUCCAAUCACCUUUGAAGUAGAGGAGUUUGUGCCCUGCAUACCAAAACACACUCAGCCUUACACCAUCUACAAUAAUCACUUUUAUGUUUACCCUAAGUACUUGAAAUAUGACAGUCAAAAGUCUUUUGCCAAGGCCAGAAAUAUUGCUGUUUGUAUUGAAUUUAAAGAUUCAGAUGAGGAAGAUGCUCAGCCUCUGAAGUGCAUUUACGGUAGACCUGGUGGGCCAGUGUUCACGAGAAGCGCCUUUGCCACCGUCUUACACCAUCACCAAAACCCGGAAUUUUAUGACGAGAUUAAAAUAGAAUUACCCACCCAGCUACAUGAGAAGCACCACUUGUUGUUCACGUUCUUCCACGUCAGCUGUGAUAACUCAAGUAAAGGAAGCACAAAGAAGAAGGAUGUUGUGGAAACACAAGUUGGAUAUUCCUGGCUUCCUCUCCUGAAGGAUGGAAGGGUGGUGACUAACGAGCAGCAUGCUCCUGUGUCAGCGAAUCUUCCAUCUGGUUACCUUGGCUACCAGGAGCUUGGGAUGGGCAGGCAUUACGGUCCGGAGAUUAAAUGGGUAGAUGGAGGCAAGCCACUGUUGAAGGUUUCAACUCAUCUGGUUUCUACGGUGUACACUCAGGAUCAGCAUUUACAUAAUUUUUUCCAGUACUGUCAGAAAACCGAAUCCGGGGCCCAGGCCUUAGGGAACGAGCUUGUAAAAUACCUUAAGAGUCUUCAUGCGAUGGAAGGUCACGUGAUGAUUGCCUUCUUGCCCACCAUCUUAAACCAGCUGUUCCGAGUCCUCACUAGAGCCACCCAGGAGGAAGUCGCCGUCAAUGUGACGCGGGUCAUUAUUCAUGUGGUUGCCCAGUGCCAUGAGGAAGGAUUGGAGAGCCACUUGAGGUCAUAUGUUAAGUAUGCUUAUAAGGCUGAGCCAUAUGUUGCCUCUAAAUAUAAGACAGUGCACGAAGAACUGACCAAAUCCAUGACCACAAUUCUCAAGCCUUCUGCCGAUUUCCUCACCAGCAACAAACUGCUUAAGUAUUCGUGGUUCUUCUUUGAUGUUUUGAUAAAAUCCAUGGCUCAGCAUUUGAUAGAGAACUCCAAAGUUAAGUUAUUGCGAAACCAGAGGUUCCCUGCAUCCUAUCAUCACGCAGUGGAAACUGUCGUUAAUAUGCUGAUGCCACACAUCACUCAGAAGUUCAGAGAUAACCCAGAGGCAUCCAAGAACGCAAAUCAUAGCCUUGCUGUUUUCAUCAAGAGAUGUUUCACCUUUAUGGACAGGGGCUUUGUUUUUAAGCAGAUCAACAAUUACAUCAGCUGCUUUGCUCCUGGAGAUCCAAAGACCCUUUUUGAAUACAAAUUUGAAUUUCUCCGUGUGGUCUGCAAUCAUGAACAUUAUAUUCCUUUGAAUUUACCGAUGCCGUUUGGAAAAGGCCGGAUUCAAAGAUAUCAAGAUCUCCAGCUUGAUUAUGCAUUAACAGAUGAGUUCUGCAGAAACCACUUCUUGGUGGGUCUGUUGCUGAGGGAGGUGGGGACUGCUCUCCAGGAGUUCAGAGAAGUCCGUCUGAUUGCCAUCAGCGUGCUCAAGAACCUGCUCAUAAAGCAUUCUUUUGAUGACAGAUACGCUUCAAGGAGCCAUCAAGCAAGGAUAGCCACUCUCUACCUACCUCUGUUUGGUCUGCUUAUUGAAAACGUCCAGCGGAUCAACGUGAGGGACGUGUCACCCUUCCCUGUGAACUCCGGCAGUACUGUGAAGGAUGAGUCACUUAACUUGCCAGCUGCAAACCCAUUAGUGACACCACAGAAGUCGGGCAACACGUUGGAUAACAGCCUGCACAAAGACCUCUUUGGUGCUAUCUCCGGCAUCGCCUCUCCAUAUACGACUUCAACUCCAAAUAUCAGUAGUGUGAGGAAUGCAGAUUCCAGAGGAUCGCUCAUAAGCACAGACUCGGGGAACAGCCUUCCAGAAAGGAAUAGUGAGAAAAGCAAUUCCCUGGAUAAGCACCAGCAAAGCGGCGCUUUGGGGAACUCUGUGGUUCGGUGUGACAAGCUCGACCAGUCUGAGAUCAAGAGCCUGCUGAUGUGUUUCCUUUACAUCUUAAAAAGCAUGUCUGAUGAUGCUUUAUUUACCUAUUGGAACAAGGCUUCAACAUCUGAACUUAAGGAUUUUUUUACAAUAUCUGAAGUCUGCUUGCAUCAGUUCCAGUACAUGGGAAAACGAUACAUAGCCAGGAACCAGGAGGGGUUGGGACCCAUAGUUCAUGCUCGAAAAUCUCAGACAUUGCCCGUUUCCCGUAACAGAGCAGGAAUGCUGCAUGGCAGAUUGCAGCCGCUGAGCAGCCUGGAUAACGCUCUCGCUGUUAACCACAGCUAUGGCCACUCGGACGCGGACGUUCUUCACCAGUCCUUACUCGAAGCCAACAUCGCUACUGAGGUCUGCUUGACGGCUCUGGACACGCUUUCCCUGUUCACACUGGCCUUCAAGAACCAGCUCCUGGCUGACCAUGGACAUAAUCCUCUCAUGAAAAAAGUUUUUGACGUCUACCUGUGUUUUCUUCAAAAACAUCAAUCUGAAACCGCUUUAAAGAAUGUCUUCACUGCCUUGAGGUCGUUAAUUUACAAGUUUCCAUCGACGUUUUAUGAAGGGAGAGCGGACAUGUGUGCUGCUCUGUGCUAUGAGAUCCUCAAGUGCUGCAACUCCAAGCUGAGCUCCAUCAGAACCGAGGCCUCCCAGCUGCUCUACUUCCUAAUGAGGAACAACUUCGACUACACGGGGAAGAAGUCCUUCGUGCGGACGCAUCUGCAGGUCAUUAUUUCCGUCAGCCAGCUGAUAGCAGAUGUUGUUGGAAUUGGGGGGACCAGAUUCCAGCAGUCCUUGUCUAUCAUCAACAACUGUGCCAACAGCGACAGACUCAUUAAGCACACCAGCUUUUCCUCAGAUGUGAAGGAUUUGACCAAAAGGAUACGCACAGUCCUGAUGGCCACCGCUCAGAUGAAGGAGCAUGAGAACGACCCGGAGAUGCUGGUGGACCUCCAGUACAGCUUGGCCAAGUCCUACGCAAGCACCCCUGAGCUCAGGAAGACGUGGCUCGACAGCAUGGCCAGAAUCCAUGUCAAAAACGGGGAUCUCUCAGAGGCAGCGAUGUGCUAUGUCCACGUGACAGCCCUGGUGGCCGAAUAUCUCACGCGCAAAGAAGCAGACACAGCGCUGCGCCGGGAACCGCCCCUCCUCCCCCACAGCCACAGCGCCUGCCAGAGGAGGAGCCAGGGAGGCAUGUUUCGACAAGGAUGUACAGCCUUCAGGGUAAUUACCCCAAAUAUAGAUGAGGAGGCCUCCAUGAUGGAAGAUGUCGGAAUGCAGGACGUCCAUUUCAACGAGGACGUGCUGACGGAGCUUCUAGAACAGUGUGCAGAUGGGCUCUGGAAGGCCGAGCGCUACGAGCUGAUCGCCGACAUCUACAAACUCAUCAUCCCAGUUUACGAGAAGCGGAGGGAUUUUGAGAGGCUGGCCCAUCUGUAUGACACGCUGCACCGGGCCUACAGCAAAGUGACCGAGGUCAUGCACUCAGGCCGCAGGCUGCUGGGUACCUACUUCCGGGUGGCCUUCUUCGGACAGGGAUUCUUUGAAGAUGAGGAUGGAAAGGAGUACAUCUACAAGGAACCCAAACUCACGCCUCUGUCAGAAAUUUCUCAGAGACUCCUUAAACUCUACUCUGAUAAAUUUGGUUCUGAAAAUGUGAAAAUGAUACAGGAUUCUGGCAAGGUCAACCCUAAGGAUCUGGAUUCCAAGUAUGCGUACAUCCAGGUGACCCACGUGAUCCCAUUCUUUGACGAGAAAGAAUUGCAAGAAAGGAAAACGGACUUUGAGAGAUCGCACAACAUCCGGCGCUUCAUGUUCGAGAUGCCCUUCACUCAGACGGGGAAGAGGCAGGGGGGUGUGGCAGAGCAGUGCAAACGCCGCACCGUCCUCACAGCAAUCCACUGCUUCCCGUACGUGAAGAAGCGGAUCCCUGUCAUGUACCAGCACCACACCGACCUGAACCCCAUCGAAGUAGCCAUCGACGAGAUGAGCAAGAAGGUGGCCGAGCUCCGGCAGCUGUGCGCCUCAGCUGAGGUGGACAUGAUCAAGCUGCAGCUUAAGCUCCAAGGCAGCGUGAGCGUUCAGGUCAAUGCUGGUCCACUGGCAUAUGCCCGAGCUUUCUUAGAUGACACAAACACAAAAAGAUAUCCUGACAAUAAAGUGAAGUUGCUUAAGGAAGUGUUCAGGCAAUUUGUGGAAGCUUGUGGUCAAGCCUUAGCAGUAAAUGAACGUCUGAUUAAAGAAGACCAAUUAGAGUAUCAGGAAGAAAUGAAGGCCAACUACAGGGAAAUGGCAAAAGAGCUUUCUGAAAUUAUGCACGAGCAGAUCUGCCCCCUGGAGGAGAAGUCAAGCGUCCUACCGAAUUCACUUCACAUCUUCAAUGCCAUCAGCGGGACCCCAACAAGCACAGUGGUUCAUGGGAUGACCAGUUCUUCUUCAGUGGUGUGACCGCGCCUCAUGGCCUGGGGGUGUGGACUCACCGGAUCAUUUGCAAACUCAGGAUGAUUUCCAAAGCCAGUCACUGGGCUCGUGCAAGACACGAGGGCUGAGCAUGGGGGAGAGAAAGAUAAGGAACUGUGUUAUUUCAUAGCCGAUUUUCUAUAGACGUAAAAAGAGGGUGCACGUAUUUUUUUAAAAUCUCGCUGGCAAUAUUCAGUUUUCAUUGUGUCUUACGGAGAUGGAGUAGGGAGUAAAAUGUUCCUCUUCCUUACAGAGCACAGAGCAGUAGUAAAAGAACCGGCCUACAGAAAACACCCGUUCGGGAAUGUCCAUAGCAGUGACGGGAGCACUGAAAUCGAGGCUAAGCUGGAAAAUCUUGAAAUAUUUUUUUUUUCCUGUGGCACAUUCAGGUUGAAUACGAGAACUAUUUUUGUGACUAGUUUUUGAUGACUAAGGGAAUUGACCAAUGUAAUUUUUGUACCAGUGAACCAGGAGGUUUAGUGCUUUUAUACUUGUUUACAUGCAUUUAAAAACGGAAGGCUUAGAAGCUAUGAGCUUAAAACUGGUCACGCGGUUUAGAACCAAAGCCUGUAUUAGUAAACAUAACCAUGCUAAAGAUGCGAAGGCAGUAAAUUGUUAUGUACAUAUCAUUUGUUAAUACCAUCCCGGCAUUCCGUACAUACAUGAAUUACAUUUAUAUACGUUUGUAAUACUCACAUCAGCUUCUGCGUUGAGUGUGCAACCAAUUCGUGGUGUUCUCAGUAUAUGCAAAAUACAUUUGACUUUACUGUUUUAUUCUUGUACAUAAAUAAGUGCAAUAUGGAGGUGUAUACAGUCUUUGCUAUGUUAGGUUUAUAAACUGUUUUAAAAAUGUCAUCCUUUUGCCAAAGUGAUAGAGUCUGUAAUGGUGAAUCGUAGGUCCUGUGGUGAAUGGUGGUAUAAUUUAAAGCUUUCACCAUGUUAUAUUUUCUUUGAAGACAUUAAUUUAGUAAUUUUAUAUUUGGGGAAAUAAAGGUUUUUAAUUUUAUUUAACUGGAAUCACUGCCUGCUGUAAUUAAACAUUCUGUACCACAUCUGUAUUAAAAAUAACAUGGCUGAUUUUUCGGUAGUGGAUACUGGGUAUUUAUUGUUUGAUAGUCCUA